UGACACAAACACAACUGACUUCAGUGCAUAAAGGAAUCAUCUUGAGUUUCCUCCAGUUUUACCAGCACUUCAGGACUAACAUCCUUAAUAUGCAACUAUGAUGAAGCUGCUGACCAUCGUUUUGGGUGCAGCGAUGCUACUCGGCUUCAUGGAACCAAUGAUGGGAGCUGGCCACCCACCAUGCUGGACCCGUUGGUACAACUCAGACAGUCCCAACGGACCAGGUGACAUAGAGCUUUUAGCUCAGCUGACUCAUGAGUAUCAAGGAGAAAUUUGCCCCAAACCGAUGAAAAUCCAGGUCGAGACUGUUGACGGUGUUCCAGCCAAAAAGACAGGACAGAUAUUCCACCUCUACUCCAACACCCAAGGGUUCGUUUGUAUGAAUCACGAGCAGAGUUCUGGCAAGUGCUUGGACUACAAAGUUCGCUUCCAAUGCCAGUGUAAUGCCAACGAACAUCUCUACUGCUGUUAUUGACGACACAGAAGAAAUUAAAGUUUUUGGUUUUGCCAGCA